AUGAAACCUUUCCCAUCCUCCACCCCACCCAACACCCUUACCGUCCUCCCCUACUCCCUCAAGCCUUUCCCAUCCUCCACCCCACCCAACACCCUUACCGUCCACCCCUACUCCCUCAAACCUUCCCCAUCCUCCACCCCACCCAACACCCUUACCAUCCACCCCUACUCCCUCAAGCCUUCCCCAUCCUCCACCCCACCCAACACCCUUAGUAUCCACCCCUACUCCUCCACAGUCUUACCCCAGCCUCCACCCAACCCAACAACCCCAGCAUCCACCCAUCCACCCCACCAGCACCCCUGCCCUCCCCAAGCUCUUCCCAACCCUCCCCAUCCCCAAGGUCUUCCCAACCCCAGCCCUCCCCAAGGUCUUCCCAACCCCAACCCUCCCCAAGGUCUUCCCAACCACAACCCUCCCCAAGGUCUUCCCAACCCCAACCCUCCCCAAUCUCUUCCCGACCCCAGCCCUCCCCAAUCUCUUCCCAACCUCAACCCUCCCCAAGGUCUUCCCAACCCCAACCCUCCCCAAUCUCUUCCCAACCCCAACCCUCCCCAAGGUCUUCCCAACCCCAACCCUCCCCAAUCUCUUCCCGACCCCAGCCCUCCCCAAGGUCUUCCCAUCCCCAACCCUCCCCAGCCCUCCCCAACCCCAACCCUCCCCAACCCCAGCUCACCCUAG